AUGUUUCAUUCCUCCAAGAAUGAUGAAGGAAGAAGAGGCAGUUUGAACAACAAGAACAACAUCACACUUGAACCACCACCACCACCACCACCACCACCACCACUCGAAUCAUCGGAACACUCUCCAUUAUUAUUGUCCAUGAAGAAUGAUCACAAUAAUGAACAACACGGUCAACAACAACCUAAACAACAACAAUUUGAACAACAACCUUCCAACACGACACAAAAAUUCCUCUUUUAUUUCACAUCCCUCUUGCUGUUGACCUGUUUCAUUAUCUUUGAUGUUCUCUCAACUUUAUAUUUUAAAAAAUCAUUGAAUGUAUUGUAUCAAUAUCCUUUCCUUGCCUCUGAAUUGAAUUAUGUCUUGACUUGCGGAUUGUUUUUUAUUGGACAUUUGAUCUAUUCUGAAAUUUAUUAUCCCUUCAAAGUUCAAUUGAAUUCAAGAGAGAAUUCUCAUCAUCACUCUGAUCACUUCAUUUCUAUGAUUGUCAAUGAUAGUAGCAAUUCCAUCCAUCCAAUGAAGAAUACUAUUACUACUAAUACUACUCCAACUACUAAUACUACUAUUAUUGAAACGACAACAACAACAACUCUUAAUACCACCAUGAUCACCACCACUCCUAUGAAUACAACUCCUUCUCCUCCUUCUCCUCCGAUGAAUCACAACACUCGUCAUCACAGCACUCUCUAUUCCAUUCAUUACUUGAACAUUUCAAUUUGUAAUAUUUUUGAAACUUUAUUUCAAAUUAUUGGUUCAAAUGGAAUGGGAAAGAAUAGUGGAACAUUAAUGGUAUUAUUAGCACAAAUGAAUAUACCAUUAUCAGUACUAUGUACAUUGUUUAUAUUUAAAGUGAAAUACAAUGCAUUACAAUGGUGUGGAGUUGUAUGUAUUUUAUUAGGAAUAUUUAUUGUAGUAAUAUUACCUUAUUUAGUAGUAUUGGCGAGAGAUGAAGUACAACAAGAACAACAACAACACUCAUCCACACGACCCUCUCUCAUCUAUGCUGGUAUUUUUGUAUUGAGUUGUUUCUUUACUGUUGGACAGAGAAUGUAUGAAAUGUAUCUUUUAAAAAGGACCAACAAACGAAAUAAUUAUUUCAUGAAUAAUACUCAUGAACAAAACAAAAGAAAUACUAUUUCACAAAAUGUGAAUGAUACUCAUGAAAAAAGAAAAAGAAAUACUAUUUCACGAAAUACAUGCAAGGAUCCUUCCAUAAAUGUUCCACUCAAUGUCUAUACACUUGGAUUCUAUGAAAGAAUUUAUGAAUUAAUUUUAAAUACCAUUCUCAUGUUUCCUCUCUAUUAUUUCUUUAUUAAUCAAUACGAUUCAUUUAAUUCAUUUAUUCAUGAUAUGAAUAUAGCGUUUAAUAAUGUUUUAUUUGGAGAAAGACAAGGUUGGAUUACCAUUGUUAUUUUCAAUAUUAAUAGUUAUAUUUGGUUGCAAUUGAGAUUAUUGUGUGUGAAAUAUAUCAAUGCUGAUAUUACUUUCUUUGCCAAUGCAUUUGCAUUUCCAUUUUGUACACUGGUGUUUGCAUUACCAUUUAUGAAAUUUAUCAUUCCUGAACAAUCACCAAUAACACCCUAUCAUAUAGUGAGUAUUGUUGUUUUAUUUAUUGGAUUGGUAUUAUAUGGAAUUGGAGAACGAAGAUCAAAUAAAGAUGGUCUUCGAGGGAAGACUUCAUUGUGA